UUUAACCUCCCUGACAUUAUAGCACAGGAGAGAAAUUUUCCACUGACGUGGGCCAAUCAGACCUCAGCAGAGACAUCCGCUUCAAAGACCCUCACCAUCAUCUCCCACCCAGCACCUAUCUCUGAGAUGGACAGAUCAACAGUCACUCUCAUCACUCUUGUGUGUGUAGUGUUCUUCAAUCUGAAGAGGAUCUCUGGAGCAGAAGUGGAGAUGAGAGUCAGUCGAGGAGACAGUAUCACUCUGUACUGCGACUGUGUUUGGAAGAGUGGAUUUAGUAUUGGUUGGUUUAGAAACUGCUCACAUCAGCAUCAACCUUCUCUCAUUAUAUCAACUAUGGAUUUGAUACAUAGUGCUGAGACGUCUAAGGAUUUGAUGUUUGGUGCUUUUCCACGUUACGCACCUGUGUGGAAUCAGUCCAGCCAAACUCAUGAUCUGAUGGUGAAGAACGUCACUGAAUCAGAUCUGGGUCUGUACUACUGUGCUAAAAAUGAGAAAAAGAUUGCCUAUGGUGAAAAGGGAAUGUACUAUGAAGAUGUUUACCAUUAUGGAAACAGAACCACUCGCCUCGCUCUGCUUGAUCUGACUGCUCAAGAUCUCCUUCAAACCACUCCAACUUCUCCUGAGUCAGACUGUAGCAUCUGCUGGAAGCUGCUGGUCAUUUUGUGCCCUGUGUGUGCUCUAACAUCCUCAGUCCUCUCUUCCACCUGUGUGUACUGCAUCUGCAGUAAAAGAACUAAAGCUUCUACUAGAGAUUCAAUGAUCAGAGCAAACAGGGGAGACAGGGGGCAGCCUUGUCAAGCAACUUUUUCUAGAGGGAAUGCAUAG